AUGCGCAAAUGUCUCCUUAGUCGACACGGCCGGCUCAAGUACCCGUUGGGCAGCGGCUGCCUCGCGGUCGGGCACGACCUCCACCCGCUCGUGCCCAGCAACGACCUGUACUACGACCCGCCGAAGCUGCGCCACCGCCUCGACCGGGACGCCUACCUCUACUUCAAGAAUGUCAUCCCGCGCACCACACUCAACACCGCGCUCGACGAGCUGGCGCAACAGAUGCUACAGUGCGGAUGGACGCGCGCGGAGGACCGGGCGCGACAGGCGGAACACGAUGGCGUUGCCCUUGGCGUGCCGUUCCCGUCUAGCGGGGAGCUGCCGCCGCCGCGUAUCACGUACACCGAGUCGCUGCGUGCGGCGGUGAGCGGGACCAGCGUGAUGGCGCUCGUGCGGCAGGUAUUCGGCGGCGCCGUCAACGUGUGCGACGUGCAGACGUUGCACCUCGGAGCCCCGCAGGAGACGUUUGGUCAUCGCAUGUCAAGCGUGUACCUCAACAAGGGGACGAAGCUGGCGCUCGUGGCACUCGUCCCGCUGCAUGACAUUCCACUCUACAUGGGCACGCCGGUGGUGGUGAAAGGGAGCAACUCCACCGACACGUACGCGGCGUUGCGGCAGACGUAUGGUCAACACGAGGUGGAGAGUGGCGAUAUUCGCGGCGACGGAUGCUACACGCACGACCCACAGGAGCUGCUACCGCUCGGCAAGCAAGCUGGUAUCGAUGAAGUGACGGGGCGCGCCAUCACAGUAGACGUCAACCCCUUCCUCUCUGCAUCGUUGGAGGUUGGCGACGUGCUGCUGAUGACGGUGUAUACCAUGCACAGCUUCCUCACCAAUACCACGAACUGCUGGCGCAUCAUGGCGGAGGCGGUGUGGACGAUGGAGGGUGACGACGUUGGGCCGGACCCGCGCUACGUGGGCGCCAACGCCCCCGGCCUGAGCGGGUGGUACGCCGACCGCGACGAUGUGGCGAAGUACCCCCGUACGAUGGAUGAGGCCAAGCGGGCGUGGGGACUGCUACCCGGUGUGCCAUCCGACUGA